AUGCCUAACCUGUCAACAACAGCAGUCGUGUUGAUCGACCCUUUGAAUGACUUCCUCCAUUCAGACGGUAAGCUCACAUCGCUUCUCAAGGAUCUUGACGAGCGAAAUGCCAUUCAAAACUUAAAAAAUUUGGUCAAAGCAGCUCGCCUGCAUGGUUUGCCUAUCUACUACGGGCUACACCAGGAAUAUUCGGCCAACAAUUUCAAUGGAUGGCGACACAUGACCCCGAACCAGGUCAAGCAACAGCAUAUCAAAUACUUUGAGAAAGGGACAUUUGGAUCUCAGAUUUAUGAAGGAUUGGAGCCGGACCUGGAAACUGGUGACGUUGUUGUCAGCCGGCACUGGAAUAGCGACUCGUUUGAGAACACCGAUCUGAAUUUCCAGCUCCGGCAACGCGAUAUCACCAAUCUGGUCUUUGCUGGGCUGACGGCAAAUACAUGCCUGGAGUCAACUGCCCGACAUGCUUAUGAACUUGGCUAUGAUGUUACCUUACUCAAGGAUGCCACAGCCGGGUGGUCGAAAGAACUCACCAACGCAGCGGAAUUGGUUUGGCCGUUGUUUUCCCGUGUUCUCACUGCGAAGGAGUGGGAAGACACUUUGGACGCGAAGAAAUUGUAG